CUUGUAAUCAAAACAAACAGAUAGAGAGAGAGAGAGAGAGAGAGAGAAAUGGAUAGUGUAAUAAGGCCUCUUUCUUCUUCUUCUUCUUGUCCACUCAUACAACAUUCUUCUUCUUCUUCUUCAUCGUCUUCGUCUUCAUGGACGAUGAUAUUACAGAAACCCUACUUCCAAUCAUUAUCGAUGAAACUUCAUAAUAGGGCAGCACAAUUCUCUGUUCCUGUCUCCUUCAACCCUUCUGGGAAUGCUAAUAAUGAUCUCGACCUCUCUCUCUUCGACGAUGAAGAAGCAGUGAAAGCGGCGCCGCCAAUGCCUCCGACGGAAGGCAGGUACGAGGUUGUCAUCAGCAAUGACGUCAUCGCCCGCCUCGACUUGACUCCAUUCUAUACAGCUACGGGAAUCCGAUUAGCCUCUCUAGACUCAGCAAUGGCAAAGGAUUAUCUUGAUCGUUCGAUUGGAUUUACAAUAAACUAUGAGAGACAAGAUCCAAAUGACCCUCGAGAACUAUCAGAAUUCCCCGACGUGAGGCUUUGGUUCGUACGAUUGGACACUACGUUUCCAUGGCUCCCUGUAGUGUUGGAUUGGCGCGCCGGAGAACUUGCACGUUACACGGCUAUGCUUGUCCCUCACCAGAUGAGUAUGAGAAUGGGAGUAGUGUUCAAUCCCGAGGCAUUGGAGUUGUUCGUUGUGCGAAAGGUGAUGAUCGUGUACUCGUGGCUCAAGGAGCACGGCGUGGCGAAGCCAAGACUGAAAGCUAAGGACAUGGCAAGAAUGCUAGGGUUCGGAAUUGGAGAUGAACUCUUUGAUUUGGUUGACAACAACCCUUGAUGGUCUUGUUGUUACAUGUAAAUCGUCAACUAUUUAUAUCGUAACAAUUGUUUCUAAUGUCUUAAAAAAAUUUAUAUACAUUCCAAUUACACAAUUGAAUUCUUUUGUCCAUGGAUGUGAAUGUAAGGUUCUCUUUGUUUUGUAGUUGGAACCAAAAUUAUUACUAUUUGACAAUGUGUUUCCAAUUUAUUCAUAGUCAAUGUA